AUGUCACCGUUAUUACUUUUGACGGGGACUGUAAUUCAAUUAAACUUGAUAAUUUUAGAUUACUUGAAAUCAGGAACCCGUGGGUCAGUUCGAAUGGAAAGAGUGGAAACCCGAAUAACUCAAAAUUUUAAAGAUGACGGUUCGUUCUUUAUGGAGUAUGAUGAUUUCCUCAAGCACUUUCAAGCAGUCGAUGAAUGCGAAUUCUAUCGUGAUCAAUCCCGAGUAUGGAUGGAAGAUUAUGCUUCAACAGCCAGGCCUGCGUUAUUCUGGAAAAAACUACAAUAA